UUUUAUGCAGUGCUGACAUCGAGAGUGACGAGUCACGGCAGGAUGUUAUCAUUGGAUCAAUUGUCGCAAAUGGUAAAGGAACACUUAGGACUCUACACCUCCGUCGACGGAGUCCUACAUUCCAGCAAAUGGGAAAUCGCUGAAUCUUCCGUCGGAGGCCGCGGGCUUAUAGCAACGGAAGACAUUAUACCGGGGGAAGUGCUCUUCGUGGAUCACCCACUUAUCAGCGGACCCCGGGCGGCGUCUAUCGAACAAGGCGGAUGUACAGCAUGUUAUAUAAAUGACACAGAGAAUGUGUUUAAAUGUUUAAAAUGCGGAUUAUUGCUGUGUUCUGAACAGUGUCAAAAUAGUGACGUGCAUUUUAAUGACUGCAAUAUUAUCUCACGCUGGGAUAAAAAAGUGCCCGUUGAAGAAUUCGACGAUAAGACUAUAUCACGCGCACUCACUGCCAUACGUGUGUUGUUGCUUACCGAGGAUCAAAAACAAUUACUCUCUGCCCUCGAGGCACAUAUGUUGCCACAACAUGGAACUGAAAUUAGAAACCUAAAACAAUAUUUUGAAAUACCAGAAUCUGAAGAAGAUCUAAUGAGGCUAGCGUGUUGUGUACUCGAUGCAAACGCAUAUCAAAUUGCAAUCGCAUACGGAAAGAAGGAAAUGAGCAGAAGAGGAUUGUACCCUGUUGCCGGUUUGAUGAAUCAUAACUGCGUGCCAAACACGAGGUACAGUUACAAUAGCGACGCUCAAAUGACAGUCAAAGCAAUUAAGCACAUACGAGCGGGAUGCGAGAUAUUUACUUGUUACUCUGGAUUUUUAUGGGGGACACCUUCCCGACAAGCUCAACUGUAUAAAACCAAACAUUUCCUGUGUAAAUGUGACCGGUGUGCGGACCCUACUGAGAGAGGAACUCUCCUAGCCGCUCUCAAGUGUUUUGUGACCGAAUGUCCUGGUAGUAUACUGCCCAUUCAGCCGUUGAAUAUGGCCAGUGCGUGGCAAUGCCUUGAGUGCGGGUUAAGAGUUCCUAGGAAGAACGUUGGUGCUGUGCAGAGUGCUAUCGGCAGCUUAAUAGGGUCAAUAGACUUCGGAGACGUAGACCAUUUGGAGAACUACCUCGCCAACCGGAUCACCAAAUACAUUCCAAAAACCAACCAAGUGGUAGUUGAUCUUCAGUGCCGGAUUAUUUGGGAGUUUGGUGAAGUCGAAGGUCUUCGUUAUCAUGAGCUGUCGGAGUCCCGUCUGUCGCUGAAGGAGACGCUGUGCCGCGGCACGCUGCGCACGCUGGCGGCGCUGGGCGCGGGCGACGCGCACCUCCGCGGCCUGCUGCUCUACCACCUGCACGCCGCGCUGGCCGAGCGCGCGCGCCGCUCCCCCGACCUGUAUGAGGAGUUGAAGCCCGAAAUCGAAAGUACAAUUGAGCAGGCCUACAGCAUUUUGCAAGGCGACGUAUCCGCGCCGCCUGAUCUCGAGCUCCGACGCCGGUAUCUCGGCCCCGGCUGUGACAAACCACAAGAAGAGAGGUUCUUUAUCCUGGACGCUUAGUGUCUAUUGUUUACGCUACAACGCAUAAGUAAUUGUAAUAAAAAAAAAUCAAUUAUUAUAUUAUUCCCAUUGUUAGUACCUACUACAAAUUGGGCGAGCAACUGAGAUAGUAAUCAAUCAAUGUUCUAAUAAAGUAACAAGCCUCUAG